CGUGUUGGCGGCUGCACUAAAGGCUGUUGAACUACACUGUCUGCAUUAAAAGGUAUGGGGCGCGUUCGAAAAUUCCGUGCGGUGUGUGGAAUCGAUGAGCUUUCCAACGAGAACAUGCUAUGGAAAGCUUUGUUGGCCGAGUUCAUCGGAACCGGGAUUUUGGUGCUAAUUGGAUGCGGUUCUUGCAUCUCUGGCUGGGACGAAGAUUACAAGCCGUCUGUAGUUCAAAUAGCUCUAGCUUUCGGAGUGACUGUAGGUACCAUAGUUCAGGCCAUGUGUCAUAUUAGCGGAGGGCACAUUAAUCCAGCUGUUACUUUGGCCUUUCUAGCCACCGGUAAAUGCUCUAUUCUUCGUGCCUUUUUCUACGUGUGUGCUCAGUGUGUGGGCGCAAUCACAGGGGCAGCAGUCUUGAAAGCGCUAACACCUCUAGCGCAGCAGGAGUUACUAGGGGCCACCACUGUCCACCCGCAUUUAAACCCCAUACAAGGGUGCAUUGUGGAAAUCUGUAUCACAUUUGUCCUGGUUCUUACAGUGUUUUCUGUGUGUGAUGGCAACAGACUAGAUGUAAGAGGAUCAGCCCCUCUGGCCAUCGGUCUUUCUGUCGCCACUUGUCAUAUGUUUGCUGUCAAGUAUACUGGCUCGAGCAUGAACACAGCAAGAUCAUUCGGACCAGCCGUAAUAGCUGGAGUUUGGGAAUAUCAUUGGAUUUACUGGCUCGGGCCUAUUCUUGGUGGAAUAAUAGCAGGAAUCUUUUACCAACAUACUUUCUCUGCCUUACCACCAGAGCCAGAAGAGCUGGAACGAGUACGACUUAACAGCAUUCGCCGUUACGAAGAAAAAGAAGUCAUUGAAGACAGAACUUCAUCUGUUUAAACUUUCUUUACUGAGGGGAGACAUUAAGUGCCACGACAAAAAACAACAACAAAAAAACCUCCCUCAAAGAGUGUAUAAAAGAUGUUAAAUCGUAUUGUAAAGAAACCUAUGAUAUUGUAAGCUUAUUUACGGUACUCUUAUGUUGAACUGGGUUCUGAAAAAGCGCUCUCCUACAGUAAUUUGUACUUCGUCACGAGUGAGUGCAUAUACUUCUGACAAAGUACGACUUACGUGGGAAUACGUUAGGGUUCAGGGAUCUACUUUUUUCAACCUACUUUCUGAGUCUGGUGUUUCUAUGCACUAAACUGUAUCAUUACAGUUCUUUUAAAAAUCAAAAAUAAUAACUUAUACUUUUAUUCGUAAUAUUUUUUUCGUAACAAAAAACCAAGAGAGUAGGUUGAAAAAGUAUUGUACAUUAAAUAACAAUAUAAACACAUGAACCAGUUGUACAAAACUUAAGUCAAAAUACGACUUUUGCCCUAAUAUAACUAGAUACAAAGGACGGUGAAUUAAAAUAGGAAAUCUAUGUCUGACAUUGUUCUAAAUUUCUCAUUCUAUCACCUUUCACCUGAUAUCAUCGUAGAUUAUAAUGCAUUGAAUAGCAACCUAUUGAUUCAUUCUAUUUAAUUGAGCUUUAAUUUGAGUAUCACUUUGUUUAUCGUUGUAAUUAAUGAAUGGACAUAACAUAUUUAUCUUUGUAUUUUUAAUAAAAUUUUAUAAGGUUUGGCAUAAUAAUUUCAAAUUAUAACGUACAUGUUUAUGCAUUGGUUGUAGCGCCAUCUAUU